AUGAUUGCUCGUGUUGUUUCUAGGCCUUUUGCUGCCACUGCGUCGACUACUUUUGGUGCGCGUAGCUCCGCGGUGUCUGUAGCUGGCUUCCACUCGAGCGGUGCCGCGCAGGCCUCGCUCCGUGAGCUCGAGCAGCGUGUGAAGAGUGUCAAGAACAUCGAAAAGAUUACCAAGUCGAUGAAAAUGAUUGCUGCUACAAAGCUUGGCCGCGCGCAGCGCGCCAUGGACGCUGCGAUUGCUUACGGCAAAGCCAGCAACGAGAUCUUUGUGCAAUCGGAUGCACAGGAUUCGCCCGACGCGGAGAAGAAGGGCCACGAGAUGUUUAUCGUGAUGUCCUCUGAUAAGGGUCUUUGUGGUGGUAUCCACUCCGCGCUCUCGAAAAAGACCCGCCAGGUCGUUGGUGCAAUCAAGAAGGAGGGUGGCGAAAGCCCGUAUGUGGUAACCGUUGGUGAGAAGGGCAAGUCCCAGCUUUCGCGUGCGCUGCCCAUGGAAAUGGCGCUCUCCUUUAACCAGAUCGGCAAGGACAUCCCCACGUAUGAGGAUGCGCUUGCGAUUACGGACACGAUCUUGAAGUCGGAGCUUCCCGUGGACAAGGUCAACAUUAUCUACAACAAGUACGUCUCCUCGAUCUCGUUCGAGUCUGUCGUUUUGCCGGUGUAUACCGAGGGCGCGCUCCUGAAUGCGCCCAAGAUCAGCCAGUACGAGAUGGAUGAGUCGAACGCCAAGGACCUCGCUGAGUUUUCCUUUACCAAUACCGUAUUUGCUACGCUUGUCGAGGGCCAUGCUUCUGAGAUCAACAGUAAACGUAACGCCAUGGACAAUGCGUCGAAGAACGCUGGUGAAAUGAUUACCAAUCUUAACCUGCUCUACAACCGUGGUCGUCAAGCCGCGAUUACCAACGAGCUUAUCGACAUUAUUACCGGUGCCUCGUCCAUGUAA